UAUAAAGAGUUGAGACUCAUAGAUCAGGCGAAGACUUCUGACUGCUGCGCACGCAACUGCAAAGAUGGUUUUGUUUAUAUUUUUUGUGAUUUUUUUGGUUGCAUAUUUUAUAGGUCAUAGGAUUUUUGUUCACAGAAAGCGCUUCACCGGCACUGCCAAACUACAUGGGAAAACGGUCAUUGUAACGGGUGCCAACACUGGCAUUGGGAAGGCGACUGCCGCACAGCUGGCCAUAAGAGGAGCCAGAGUGAUUCUGGCCUGCCAGAACAAACAGAGAGGAGAAGCAGCAGCUCAAGAAAUCAGGAAGGAAACUGGGAAUGAAGCUGUGAUCUUCAUGCACCUGGAUCUUGCAAGUCAGAAAUCCGUCCGAUCUUUUGUCGAAAACUUCCUGAAGACCGAGCCCAGACUAGACCUGCUCAUCAAUAAUGCGGCAAUGGGCGCUCCAGGACGCUCUGAAGAUGGCAUCGGGAUAGUCCUCGCUGUCAAUCAUAUCGGUCACUUCCUGUUGACCAAUCUUCUGUUGGAGCGUCUGAAGGAGUGUGGGCCCAGCAGGGUGAUCAAUGUGUCAUCUUGUGGUCAUAAUUUUGGCACUAUUGAUUUUGACUGCAUCAACACACACAAGACGCUCAAUCUGGGAUCAUCAGACUUAGAUAUAUUCAAGGCUUAUGCCAGCACCAAGCUCUGUAAUGUGCUCUUUACCCAUGAACUGGCCAAGAGACUGGAGGGAACCAAUGUCACAUGCUACAGUCUCCAUCCAGGGUCAGUAAGAUCAGAGCUUGCCCGUAACCUUCAUGAAUGGCACGCGCGCCUUCUCUUGUUAAUUAUUAGAUACUUCUGGGCGACCGACCCAGUGUCCGGGUCUCAGACGACGCUGUACUGUGCACUGCAAGAGAACAUCGAGCACCUGAGCGGACGAUACUUUUCAGACUCUCAGCUGGCGCAAGCCAAGGCCGAGGGCAGAGAUGAUGGAAUUGCCAAAAAACUGUGGGAAGUUAGCGAGAAGUUAUGUGGCAUUGCGUGAAUACACAAACACACACACCGCUGUGAGAAAAGUACUGUGUUAUGUUGAUUUUGUUCAUUUUUCUUUUGGUAUAUUAUAUGUCCUUCAGGCAGAGUGAGAAAUAUCUUAAUUUCUGAGUGCAUAUUUACAAGGGCGAAACUUAAUAUUCUAGAUGGAAAACGACUUGCAGAAUUGUGAUUUGAACUUGUCUUGUAUAAUCAAAUAAAAAAUUAUGAAGAAAUAUAAAACUGUUUAUUUAAAGUUGUUGAUUAUAUGUA